AUGUUAUCGUUUUUCCAGAUCCCGAGGUAUAGCGAAGCCAAUGAGAGCAGUAUGAAAAUACCACUGUACAUCGCGAUUUAUGCACUUUUGAUUACUUUGAGUUUCACGAAAAGCAACAGCAGCAGCAACAAAACCCCGGGGAAAAAGGUAUUUUUUAAUUAUUACAAAAUUUUGUAACUUCUAUUUGUGAAAUUCUAGUCCAUUGCAAUGACAGAAUCAUCAAAUCAACAUGACACUUUUCCUGAUGAUUGAUUGAUUCCCUUAUAACUAGUUUACUAUUCAGGAAUUCCUGUCUGAUUGAGCUUUUUUAGUUUUGAAGCUUAAUUUAAUCAUACUGUGUUUUAUUUACCAUACUUUAAAUUUGUAUUGCUAUUAAAAUUUCAACAGUUGGGUUUUUCAUUCUGCUAAAUUAUGAUGCCACGUGUGCUAACAUUGGCAUCUUUCUUUUUCAUUGAAUAACAUUAUAGUGCUACUUUUGCAACUUUUAAUUAAAGUUUCCUGUUUUAUUAAAACCUAGUGCAAAUAAAGUAGCACCGUUUAAACAUAUAUAACAGAGGCAUUCCUUUCCUACUGCAUGACAGAUAGGAAAACAACAGUUCAUAGAUCAGAACACCUUAGAGUUGAUAAAUUUGUCAGUUUUAUUCCAAUGUUAGUAUUUACAUUUGAACUCUAACAACUCUUCCACUACUUCUCCAGUUAGCAAAAAGGAAUGAAAAAGUAAUGCCCCCCCUCCUGUAUGUAUUAAAUUUUACAUCCAACUACCCUCUCUCUUGUUGUCAUUUUCUCCUAUGCCCCCCGCUCUAGUCCCCCGCCCCCCUUGCAGGAAAUUAUUGCAGAGUCCCUUACCGUAAACUGCCGCUUAUAAGCUCUGUGCUUAUACAUCUUCCUAAGGGGUUUUAGUAGGGCUUAUCAACGGUGGCCGGCUUACAUCUGAGGGGGAUUAUAACCGGCAGACCAGAAAAAGGGCCUCGAAACAAGCUAUAGCAGUGCUUAUCAAAGUACUUUUUGCAUUUACUGGCUUCUCUUAAGCUUUAAAACUUCAUAAUAAAUCGAUUUCGUUACGAUACAAACAAGAGGAGGGCUUACAUCUGGGGGCUUAUAAUCGGAAGUAUUUUUUUGUUUACAGCUAGAUGGGCCUAUAAUUGGGGGGGCUUAUAAGCAGCAGUUGUUUGGUCAGUAGCGGAUCCAAUAACUGGCCACACAAAUGAGUUCUUCUUUAUCGGGGGCUCUCGGAACCACGACAUCUUGCCCGUCAGUCAGAGAAUUAACUAUAACAACUAGAGGUAAUCAUUGAUUACAGAUCCGGAUCCGCGUUCGUCACUUACGGAAACGAAAUCGAGUAGAAAGGAGUCCAGUUUCCCGGCCGAGAUGCCCCUGAUAAAAUAAAUAGGGCGGCUAAUUUGCAGUCGCCCGUGAUAGCUUGAAAAUUUCUUUCUUUGUGCAACAGGAACGCCAGAUUAGGAUGCGUUCUGACGAAUGCGACAAAAUGAAACGGAGGGCCAUGACGUUUUGUGAAGCAAGCUGUAAAGCUCAAGAAACUUUUACGUAUGAUUAAAGUAAAUUUCCCCCUCAGUUUCAGUUUCAGCCGUUGAAUGUCCGUCAUUGGACGCAGGCCUUCCCCACUGACCUCCAGUGAACCACGUUUUGAGCGACACGACGCCAAUCUCUUAGGAAACUAUCUAAGUCGUCCCUCCAUCUGGUCGGCCUUGUUCUUCCUCGGUUCGUUGUGUCUCCCCCUCACUUGAGGACAUAUAAAAUAUCCUCUCUCAGAAGUCAACAACCCCAUUGUUAUUUCUAAUCCUAUUUCCAAUCUUUAACAGGUCGUAUUACGAUAUCAGUGACAGCGACAACAGGAACGAAAAAAAAUCAACAAAUAUUAUCAGGCUAUUUCUUUUUUGCGUUACUCAAAGCGGUUAGUCUGCUGGUUUAUUGACCAACUAAUGCGUUUAUGCUCCUUAAUAAUAGUGUGCACAACAGACUUUAUUUGGGUCAUGUGGUCAGAGUACUUGCUUCUGCGCACCAGGAAUUCCAGGGAUCCCGGGAAGUCCCGGACCCGUGGGAUCUCCCGGAAAUCAUGGACCUGAAGGACCCAUGGGCCCAAGAGGUAAGAAAGGGGACAAAGGAUCUCGUGGAUCCUCGGGGCCAGCGGGACCAGGGGGUCCAACAGGAAAAAAGGGUGAACCAGGUGCUCGUGGUAUCCAAGGUCCCCAGGGAACUCCUGGUUAUGCUCCUGGUGCCUUGAAAAGUAACUGGAAACAGUGCGUUUUUAAGAAUUUAGAUAACGGCCAAGACAAUGGUUUGAUCAAGGUAAACAAUCAACUGAAUAGUCCUGAAUGUCAUGCUUUUUGCCUUCAGAUAGCGCCUUCUAGGUCUAGCAGGAUUGUGUUUCAUAACUCAUUUACUACACAUAAUUAA